AUGACGUUUACCAUAGAAAACCCGGUCCUCAGCAAUGCAGUCCCAGCUACCAAAAGCCUCCCAGACAAGGGCAAAGACCAAAAAGUCCCAAGUUUGACUCGACUCGUGCAUCAUAGCCAUGUCACUACAGAAUUUGAUCCCUUGAGAUUCGAAGCUGCGGCAUCAUUGCAAUUGCAAUUGCAGCUUGAGAAGCAAUAUCCAGACACAGAAACAGACACGCGACUCAUUGCAUCACCCUACAACAGCGUCCCCCAUCUGUUGGACAUUUCUGCACUGGAGAGACAAGACCGACUCUUUGCACUGGCAUUGGCAUAUCUCAAGCCUAUCCGCGAUGACUAUGCUACCGCUGAAUAUACCGAAUCAUUCAAUUGGACAGAGGUAUAUGAUUUGUUGAGAACUUUCUCACAGGCAGAGAACCACGCAUGGAAAUCGCAGUCGUAUUACGUUGUCAUCUUCCGGUCAAUCCUGUUACCGGAUAUCGAUUCGGAUCGUCUUUAUGACCUUGAUGCGCAUUCGCACCAGGAGGCUAUUGCUAGUGGGGGAUUGUUGAAGUAUUGGUUUGGGGCGAAGAAUGAUAAACAUCGGAAUCUGGCAACUUGCAUUUGGCGCAAUCGAAAUGAUGCGAGACUUGGUGGUCGUGGACCUUGGCAUGCUCAAGCAAGAGCGGCUGCUACAGUCAUGUAUGAGGAGAUUAAGUUCACCACGCUGAGGUUAGAUAUUGAGGAUGGAGUGCAGUCUUGGAAAUUGAGUGAUUGGAAGGAAAAUGCAUAA